AGAGAUUUGGCCUAGCGACGCAUAUGAGAACGGGAGCCAGAGAAAUCUGAGCUAGCGAUGUAUAGAGUAUGGGGGCCAGAGAAAUAUGAGCUAGCGACGUAUAGAGUGCGGGGGCACAGAGACAUCUGAGCUAGCGACUCAUAUGUGAUGAGUACGGGGGCCCAGAGACGUCUGAACUAGCGACAUAUAUGUUGUGUGGUGCGGGGUGCAGAGACGUUUGCAUAUCGACGCAUAUUGGUGGAGUGCGGGGGUCCAGAGAUGUCUGGACUAGCGACGCAUAUUAUAUUAUCGUAUAUCCGUAUGAGGAGAAUGCGGGGUGUGUGGAAUAGCCAUGUACCAUCAGCGCAUUGUUUGUUCCGUGUGAUGCGCUAGGCAUCUUGUUUGUUCAUGCUAGAGCUAUGCCUACAUAAUCGUAGUACUAUGUAUUAAGUCAGUGGUUUGCGGCUUAGCAUCCCAUACCUCACUGGGUGACUCUCAUGUUGCUUAUCCCUCUUUCGCAGGUGACUUGCCAAGUAGUUGGAUAUGUGGACGGUUUGGUGUCUGGGGAUCAUCAUAUUUUUAUUUGGUUUUCAUUUGAUUUAUUUGACGUAUUUUUAUAAAUCAAUUUAAAGAUAUAUUUCCUUCAGAUUUAUUUUAUUAAAUGUGUUUGAUAUUUUAUUCGCUUUUAAAUAAAUUCGGUUUGAUUUGGUACUUUUCGGUAAGUAGCACGCCGGUCUCGAGAGAGGAGAAGACGGGUGUUACACUUUGUUUCUGUAGUUUGGGGUAGUCUUGAACGAUCGUUUCCAGCUUUCUUCAGAUCAGAGAACAUUCAGGGCGAUGCACCAAUGGCUCAUACUCAAAACGCGCAGAGAGACGCUUCUGCAUCAUCAUCACAUGUGCCGCAUGAAUCUGCUACUGGUAAUGCUGGUGAUGACCUAGUUCCUGUGCAGCAACCACUUUCUCCCAAAACCGAGAAUUUGAAGGAGAUGUUAAGUAGGUUGGAUCAGAUCAAGAGUAUUCAAGACAUGCUAAAAGCAAUGAACGAUGGUCAUGGACUUGGACAGCGAGUUAGGAAUGAAACAGUGAGAGACGAUUAGUGGCAGCGGGUUUUGAAUACUUUGUGUCAGAUUCAGAGUACUACAGAACAAAUGCUCAAACUACUGAUUCAUGGAUUUGGACCACGCCCUUCUGCUGCGGGAUCCUCCAACAGACAGCGAGUUGAGAAGGCAGAAGACCAAGGUGGAGAGCUGCAGAAGAAAAAGGAAGGUGAUGAUGAAGAAGCAGAGAACCAGCAUAAGAAUGAGGGAGGUGAUGAUGAAGAAGCAGAGGAGCAGCAGGAGAAGGAGGAAGGUAACGAUGAAGAGAAAGAAGAAGAAGCAUGAUCAGAGUCUACAAAUGCCACAAUAAAACGCAUGCACAGUUCUUAUAUUGCAGAGACACUUACAUGUUGCUUACUACUAGCUAAGUAGUUUUAAAAGACUUUGGGGAGUAAUUUAAUUUUUCAGCUUACUUGUUGUGCUCUCUCGAGGCUUUGUGUUGUUGAGAAGAGAUAAACAUGUAACAAGUUUAAGGACUUAUAUUCAGUCUAUCAAACUUCAGUCCAUUGAUUACGUUUGAAGAAAAUGGUUACCACAGUCCUUAGGAAUU